CACUUUUUGGACUUUGUAUGUUGAAGUGCUGUUGAACUUUAUGUUACUUAUUAUUAUAACGAGUCCUAUGCAAAAUGAUUUUGAUCCUCGUUGAUUAUAGCUUAAAUGUUGUCUUCUUUCAGAUGGUUCAGCAAAACAAGUUUUCAAUCCUGGAGAUUCUGAAGAAAUCAAAUUCAUUUCUACCUCAUGUUGUCCUAGCUAGUACACUCCUGGCUUUAAUCUAUCCACCUUCCUUUACAUGGUUUACCACAAGGUACUAUGCACCUGCUUUAGGCUUUUUGAUGUUUGCAGUAGGAGUUAAUUCCAGCGAAAGGGAUUUUCUUCAAGCUUUUAAGAGACCAUUACCUAUUUUUGCUGGUUAUGUUGGUCAAUAUGUAAUCAAGCCGCUUCUUGGAUAUUUUUUUGGCUUGAUCUCGGUUGUCGUAUUUGGUCUGCCAACUCCUAUAGGUGCUGGGAUUAUGUUGGUAUGUUGUGUUAGUGGUGCACAACUCUCCAACUAUGCUACUUUUCUGACUGACCCCAAAAUGGCUCCUCUAAGCAUUGUCAUGACAUCGUUAUCAACGGCUACAGCAGUAAUUGUCACACCAUUGUUGUCACUCUUACUCAUUGGAAAGAGAUUGCCAGUUGAUGUUAAAGGAAUGAUGUCUAGCAUUCUGCAAAUUGUUAUUACUCCAAUUGUUUCAGGCUUGCUUCUGAAUAGGUUCUUUCCUCGACUCUGCAAUGCUAUUCGUCCAUUUUUGCCUCCGUUAUCAGUAUUUGUGACAGCUCUCGGGGUCGGAGCUCCACUUGCUCUCAACAUAGAAUCUGUACUGUCUCCGUCUGGAUUAACUGUUUUGUUGCUCAUUAUUGCCUUUCAUUUAUCGGCAUUUAUAACCGGUUAUAUCCUCACCGGAGUGGUCUUUCAUAAGGAACCUGAUGUGAAAGCACUGCAAAGAACCCUAUCAUAUGAGACAGGAAUGCAGAGCAGUCUUCUGGGCCUUGCAUUUGCUAAUAGAUUUUUCCAAGAUCCACUAGUUGGUGUGCCUCCAGCAAUCUCAACAGUAAUAAUGGCAUUGAUGGGGUUCACUCUUGUCAUGGUUUGGGCUAAAAGGAAGCAUUAAUAACUGGUACUGGCUUUGGGGGCAAGAAGUAUUGGAGGAGGCAGCACAGAUAAAUAACCUUUAGUUAACUGUUGAUAAUAUUAUCUAGGGUAGGUUUGUUCUUCUUUGCUCACAAAACACAAGGUUUUUUCAAACUUUAAGCAAAGGAAAACCCACUCCCAUUCUUCAAUCAUAGGCCUGAAAAGGUCAUUCAAAUUAACAUUAUAUGAAUGUGCAUAUAUGUAUUUUAAUUUGAAGAAGAGAUUGCUUUAUAUCUCUGUGAUCUGAGGUGUUACAUAAA